AUGGGUCAGCUUCCCUCAAGAACGGAUCAAUCAUGGCCGGAAUGGAGGGAUCAGCGAGAGCACAUCUUGAUGGAGAAGCUUCUCAAGGGAUUACUGGACUCUCUCAGAAGUGCCAGGAUGGGCAGACUAGUGACCCAACCAAGUAACCAUGAUAUGACCUGCUUUACGUUUGGCUGUACUGCCCAGGAUAUUGAUCGCGGAGUUCUGAGACGAGAUACCUUUGUUUCGAACAUGGUCCCUCAACAGGAGUCGAGUGUUCACAACGUACAACACCCCGGUAAUACCUCCUCAGUCGAGAAACGGACAAUUUUUACGAUCAGGAACCUGGAGAACAAUGUUAAGGGGGGAGACAAUAGCACUUCUCCAUCCGAACCUACCAUGGAUUUUGUUCUUGGAGCCACCCUCCAAUCAAAAGUGGAUGCUUUCAUCGGACAGCGUGAUAUGGGAACGGACUCAGGCAAAGAUGCCCUUACUAAUGACAUACGAAUUCAAGCAUCCUGGACUCAUGAAAACAUUAUCGCCCUUCAACGAUGUUCACAGAGCAUGAAACUGCCUCAACAAGACAUCUAUGCAUACAGUGGACAGUCGAACGACCUACAGAUAUCGCUGGAUCUUCUCGUUCAGGAAAGAGCUGACUUAGAGAACCAAUUAACGACGGCAUUGCAUGAUUUGGAAGAGACAAGAGCGGUGAUAUUGACACUACAAGAUGUCCUAGAUAAGGAACGGGCCGAAAAACGAGAACUUCAGGCGCAGCUGGAUGAUUACUUUUUGACUGUAAAAUCGAUCCACGCCGAAUGGCUCACUAUGAAAGAGAAAAUCGCUUCUUGCAAAUCAGCGCAACAACAACUAGAAACGGCUUAA